GCGCUUUCGUCUGCCGAAACCCAGAAGGCCGUGGCAGACUGCGAGGCCGCGGCGGCAGUGGCGCAGAAGGCGAUAACCGAUGCCCGAGCUGUGACGCUGCAGAAUCUUGCGGCCGCAAAGGAGUUCGCUAACGGCGCCGACGAGUUCUGCACAAAGGACCUGCUCCAGCUCCAGAAGCGCUUAGACGGCAUGGCCGGGAAGCUCUCCGAACUGAAGAAGGAGACUGCCGACAGAAAACGCAAGGCGCAGCUGGGAGCCUCGACGGAGAAAGUCGCCGACGUCGAGGCCGGAGUUGCGAAGCUGGCUGCGACGAUGCAGCGCUUCUCGGACGAUAGCCUCACGCAGCUCAGUAGCCCAGAGGCACGAGCGGUUGUCGAGGAGAUUAGCCAAGAGGAGAAGCGUGCCGAGACAUUGCUCACCGACUGCAAGAAGUUUCUGAACCAGCGUGUGACAGAAGCGAAAGCGCUUGCGGAGGCGCAGCGCAAGCCGUUCCUGGACGACCUGUCCAAGAUUCA